GUCUCGUCAGCGUGCGUCGCCCUUUUCGUGGUCGAACAAAAAGCGUAGCACGCACACGCGGUAAACGAGGUCGUCGUUGUCGUCGUCGUCUCGCGAGUGCGUAAAUUUCCCGUAUCUGUGUGCGUGUAUCUGCGUGUGUAUGAUGUGUCGUGUUGACCAAGUGACCCCGGCGGAUAGCAUGAGGAGCCGUAGGAAAAGGCCGAGUAGUUGUUGCCCCGAGGCUAAAUUAUAGGGGGUUAUUCAGAUAGCCGGGCAGCUCGACGCGGGACGUCGCGGUAGUCCGGCAGUGGUGACCUGACCAUGGAAGGAGAGAAUGCUGACAAGCAGACGCUAUCUGAGAAGCUACUUUUCUACACGACCGCGUUCUUCAUCCUCCUCGGCACCUUCAGCCUCUUCGCCUUUCUCUUCUUAGUGCCGUUCGUCAUUGAUCCGGCUUUCACCACCAUCUUCAUGGAUUUCGACACAAGGCCCGCUGAAUGCGUUACAAUCGAUGUUGAGUCCAGGCGAGGUACGAGUAACUGCUCCUGGACGUCAUGUAGAGAAGGUUGUACGAAGGAGCUGUUCGAGUGCACGCAAAUACGCGUGAAUUACAAGCUACCCGUAAAUAAAACUGAGAAGGAGGAGAAUGAUGAGGACGUAGGAGGUGUCGAGAGGGACGAGGCCGUUGGUAAAAGGCCGCGCCUGGAGCGUUCGCUAAGGGAUUAUGAAUACGCCGACGACCUCGACGACGAAGAGUUCAGUGAUGAAGAGGAGUACAACAAUCUGCCCAAACCUUUUCCGACAGGUCUCAUGGGGAACGAUUCCGAGUGGUACUUCACUGGGGCCAAGUUGUUCCCAAACGUUAAAGGCUGCGGCUACCCGCCGAUGUUAAACUGUACCAUUUUCAUAAGGCAAUACGCGAAUGUGGGCCAAAACUUCAGCUGUUACUACUCGAAAGUCGAUCCUGGAAUUGUCAUCAGCGACCUCGACAUGUGGCAGGUAUACAUGAACCUGGUGUAUGCGAUGGCGAUCCCGAUACCAUCGUUUAUAAUAUCGGUGAUCUACCUGACGAUCGCUUACUUCAAGAUUUACAACGAGGACGAGGUGGCAUUGGUAAACAACGAGGAAGGUGCCCAAGAUGGAGAUGAUGCAGCUGGUGAUGUAGAUGGUGAUGGUACACCACUACCACCGGCUUCUGGUGCUAUAACUCCGGGUAGCGAGGCCUUUCGAGAAAAUCUUACGAGCUUUGGGCAUGACAUUAAAGUUGCUAUGGCUGACGAAGUUAGCAGAGAUAGCAUCGAUGUCAACUCUGAUGCAUACUCUGUACAAGUAAGCUUGAGCAAGACGAUGACGACGAGUAUCUCAACGCAUCCUGGUCCGACGGCAGCAGUUUGAAGCGUCGAUACCAAGGCUUGAGGGAUAUUUCAUGGAAGCCCCGUUAAUUACCGAUAUUGGGCUAAG